AAUAAUGAGUGAUAAUACAGCGAGUAAGCGAGUGUACAACUGUAUAGCUACAGCAGGUGGCGGUAUUUACUAUGUUCUCAGUAAUGCUACAGUAUGACUGAAGAAGAGCAGAAGGCUAAGCUAACUAGCGCACAUGGCUGAACAUUUGAUAUUCUAACCUACACAUUGAAGUUUAGCAUCUUUCCGCUAUAUUACACCCGGUAAUCUAAGAGUGGAGAGUUAAUAGAGCAGACUAAUAUUUAGUCUGUCAACACUGUUCUUCCUAUCACGUGGACUGAGAGACUGAGCUCGACUUGGAGAUGUUGACAGAAGUGUUACAGGGAUCAGAUUCAGGAGGAAUCGUUAUUAUUCGAGACACCUCCUCUUAUUCUGGACGUGACCUGCUUAAGUAUUGCAUAAAUUGUGCUUUAAAAAGGGAAGAGGAUGUCCAUGUGUUGGGCUUUGAAGUUCCUGAACAAGAAUUGAGAUCAGAAUUGGACAGUAAUAACAAACACUUGUUUCACUUUCACAAUGCUUAUUCUGACCCUUUGGGCUGGAGGAAGCAGUCCUCGUUUACAGUGGAGCAGUUCAGUGCUGAAAACAUUACACGGUUGGUUCGUGAGACAAAACAUGCUAAAGCCUCAGUUCUCGUCAUUGACUCAUUGUCUUGGAUUGAAAGGCAUCAUAAUCCUGUUGCCAUUUGUCAGCAACUUCACAAGCUCAAAAAAGGUGGCGCUAUUAGGACGAUUUGUUGUCUCCUGCACAUGGAUCUUCAUCAGCAGGGAAUUGUUGAAAGUAUAUGCCACUUAGCCAAUACUGUAAUCACGGUGACAGCUGUGAAUAAUGCACUGUAUGCUGAGGCCAAAACAACUCACCGUAAAAAAUCUGGAAAGGUUAUGCAAGAGGAGGAGUUUUUCACGGUGAUGGAAAAUUUAUCACUGUCUAUAGAGAAAAGGCCCAGCCAGUCUGGACAUGCACAGGUGCACUCAGAUGCAAAGGUGGAUCCGGCGUCAAACUUGACCUUUAAUCUUCGCUUGUCUGAAGUGGAGAGGGAAGCAAAGGAAAAAGUUGCUCUACCCUUUGUCUUCAGCCAAGAAAAGAAAUCUGCUCUGUUGAAGAAAGGUCAGGGUUCUGGAAGGAUUAUAUAUGAACCUGACGCCAAUGAUGACUUUGAUGAAGAAGACCCAGAUGAUGACCUUGACAUCUAAAAGUAAAAAAGUUGAUUACAGGCCCAUCUGCCUGCGGAGAAAAAAAAUGCUAAAACUGUUUACUGGAGUUUUAGGGUACUCGGAUUUGCUUAUUGCAAAGUAAUGAUAUGUAAAAGUGGUCCUGAAUGUAAAGGAUAUUAAAGUAUCAAUUAUUUCUUGCUUAA